UCGCUUGCGGCGGCUCGAUUAUCAUUCCACAGCUUGAAGGUCACAGCCGGUCAAAGACGAGAAAGCUCGUCGCGUGAGAUUUCGGAGAAGCUUAAAUUCGUUUGAAUUCCAAUUCGUACAAACUUUUUCAUUAGAAAAAAAGCAUAUUUUUGCAACAAAAAUCAUGGAUAUGAAAGGAAAAUUAACCGAAGAAUCAACGUGGGCUCAGCUGCAAGGCUAUUUCGACAAUAACGGUUCUAAAAUCAACAUUGCCGAGUUAUUUCAAAAGAAUCCCGAUCGAUUCGAUAAAUUGAGCUUGAGCUUGGAGACUCCUCAGGAUGGACCGAUACUGUUGGAUUAUUCCAAGAAUCGUGUUGACGAUGAAGUACUCCGACUUCUGUUUGAGCUGGCACGAGCCAGGAAAAUUGAACAGGCUAGAGAUGCCAUGUUUGCUGGAGAAAAAAUCAAUUUUACUGAAAACAGAGCCGUUCUUCACACUGCUCUGCGUAACAGGAAAAAUUCACCUAUCAUGGUCGAUGGCAAGGAUGUCAUGCCAGAUGUCAAUGCUGUUCUUGCCCACAUGAAAGAAUUCACGAAUCAGGUUCUGUCCAAAGAAUGGAAAGGUCACACGGGUAAAGCAAUUGAGGAUGUUGUCAAUAUUGGUAUAGGAGGCUCAGAUCUGGGUCCUCUGAUGGUGACCGAAGCCCUCAAACCUUAUCAAGUUGGGCCACGGGUUCAUUUCGUCAGUAACAUUGACGGUACCCAUAUUGCAGAAACAUUGAAAAAACUUAAUCCAGAAACGACUCUUUUCAUAAUAGCUUCGAAGACGUUUACGACACAGGAAACAAUAACAAAUGCGACUUCAGCGAAACAUUGGCUUCUGCAACAUUUGAAGGAUGACUCCUCAGUCGCCAAGCACUUCGUCGCUCUAUCGACUAAUAAUGCGAAGGUCAAGGAAUUCGGUAUUGACGAGAAAAAUAUGUUCGGAUUUUGGGAUUGGGUAGGUGGACGUUAUUCUCUCUGGUCCGCUAUCGGUUUAUCCAUUUGUCUUUUCAUUGGUUUCGACAAUUUCGAAAAAUUGCUGGAAGGAGCGCAUUUCAUGGACCAACACUUCCGUACGGCUCCGCUGGAGAAAAAUGCUCCAGUAAUUCUUGCGGUCCUUGGAAUUUGGUACCACAAUUUCUACAAAGCAGAGACUCAUGCCUUGCUCCCGUACGAUCAGUAUUUGCACCGUUUCGCCGCAUAUUUCCAACAAGGCGACAUGGAAAGCAAUGGAAAAUACGUGACUCGUUCGGGCGCAACCGUUAAUUAUUCCACCGGUCCAAUCGUUUGGGGAGAACCAGGAACGAAUGGCCAGCAUGCUUUCUACCAAUUGAUUCAUCAAGGUACAAGAUUGAUCCCAGCGGAUUUCAUUGCUCCUGUCAAUUCGCAUAAUAAGGUUGAAGGGACUCUCCAUCAUAAAAUUCUGCUUGCGAAUUUCCUGGCUCAAACAGAGGCUCUGAUGAAAGGCAAGAGUGCUGCUCAGGCGCAGGACGAGUUGGAAAAAUCCGGUAUCUCCGCCGAGCAAGUUAAGCAAUUGUUGCCUCAUAAAGUAUUCGAAGGAAACCGACCGACCAACAGUUUACUUGUUAAAUCAGUCACACCAUUCACACUUGGUGCCAUGAUCGCAAUGUACGAGCACAAGAUCUUUGUUCAAGGAGUUAUGUGGGACAUAAACUCGUUCGAUCAAUGGGGUGUGGAAUUGGGGAAACAAUUGGCAAAAGCGAUCGAGCCGGAGUUGAACAACGCAGAUAAAAUCACUAGCCACGAUUCGUCGACGAACGGUUUGAUCGGUUUCAUCAAGGCUCACAGUGCUUAAUCAAGCAGCAAGGAUUCGUGUCGAUCCUUGUCACGCGUGUAGCAUCGAUCAUCGAAGUGAAGAGGAAUGAAAACGCUGGCUAGAAUACUGCCGAUGCUGCGUAACGAAUCCAGCAUCGUAUUGUUACCAGACUAUUAUUCAUUAGUUAACAAGGCCUGAUUAGAUUCAUCAUCAUCACCAAGUCCCAGUCCCCUAUCUGCACGAGAAAUUAGGACGGCCAGAGAAUAUUUGAGAACUUGGUAAGAGGAUACUCGUGGAAAAUUCAUUCAGUACAAAAACACAAAAACAAACAGUUUCGAAAUCUCGAGUUAAAACUCGUCUUUUAAUUCAUAUCGCACAUUCGUGCAGAGAAUGUUUCGUUGAAUAAAUUCCUCGCGAAACGAUCUUAAGACUAUAUUAAUUGGUUGAAGUAUUGUAAUUCGUCGUACAUAUGAUUAUCAGCUGGCGUCAUGCUCUAGUUGUAUUGCCAUAAUUGUAUUUAUGUAUAACUGCUUAUUAGAAAACUCUGCGGAACAGAUAAACGAUGGUGGGCGUUACCGUCGCGACUCGGUUAAUUUUUUGUGUGGUCUCAGGAAUUAACUUCUUUUUUGUCAAAGGCAUUUCAGGACUUCAUUGCUUCGAAAUUGCUCGAGGUACUUAUUUUUCGAAUGAAGAAUGAGCCGGGUUGUCAUGCGAAUACACAAAGGAAAAAAAUAGGUUUUUUUUUAUAAAAGUUUUACAAAAAACACGUACUUCAGAAUAUUUAAAUCACGUUUUAAUAAAGAUUUUUUCUUACACUCCUCAUUCGACUGAUUUAGACUUUAUUUUCGUUCGCGAAUCUAAAACCGUAUUUUUGCGAGGUACGUUUUAGGCACCAGGCGUCAUAUUUGUAAUCCGUUUCGCCGAAGCUGUCACAGAAAUUAAUAUAUUGUUACCACUCGAUAUAUCGUUAAAGUAUGGAAAACUUAUAUUGAAAUAACGAUUGUCGUUAUAGCCUAUGAGAAUAAAAACUGGUUUGCACAAAUCAGAGAGUCAUCGUAAACGUGUUGACGUUUGUAUUAAUAAAAAAGAAAAUAAUCGUC